AUGCAGCUUCAUGCUUUUUAUACCCUGGUGCUGGGAGUGUCAUUGGUGAAAUCAUCAGAUCCUGAGCCAUGCAGAUGUGAAGAGAAAGUCAACAUCUGCACUGUUGUUCCUGGCAUCAAUGGACUGCCAGGAACCCCAGGAAGUAAUGGCUUACCAGGAAGAGAUGGGAAGGAAGGUCCUCCAGGGGCAAAAGGAGACCAAGGCUUACGAGGAAUACAGGGGCCUCCGGGAAAAGCUGGACCUCCUGGUUCAAAAGGAGAUCAAGGGGUAAAAGGGCAACAAGGUGAUAGUGCAAGUAAAGAACCUGAAGUUCUUAAAACUCAGAUUCAGGAUUUACAAGCAGAGCUGGAGGCUCUAAAGGAGAAUCAGAAAGGUAAGACAGAGAACACCAUUCGAAGUCGUGCCUUCCCAAGCUUCACCAGAAUAGGAACCAAAAUAUUUGCAUCUAAUGGAGCUGAAGCCCAUUUUGAAAUUGCAAAAGCCAUCUGUUACAACUUUGGAGGACAACUCGCUUCUCCAAGAAACACAGAGGAAAACAACGCUGCAGCAAAACUGGCUUCAAAACUAGGACGACAUGCCUUUCUUGGAAUGACUGACCAGGAGACUGAAGGCACUUUUAAGCAUCUUGAUGGGGACACAGUAGAAUACUCAAGGUGGGCAGCAGGAGAACCUAAUGGAGAACAUGAGGAUUGCAUAGAGUUGUACUCGGAUGGCAAGUGGAAUGACAUUACUUGCAAUGCAAGUCGGUUAAUCCUCUGUGAGUUUUUAUCUGACCAUCCUUCUUUAAGUUUGUUAGGGUGGUAUUAA